AUGUUUACUCAGGAGAACAUAAUUGUAAUUGAUGGAAAAUGUCAUCUUCUUGGAAGAUUAGCAUCUGUUGUUGCAAAACAGCUUUUAAGUGGGCAAAAAAUUGUAAUUGUGAGAUGUGAAGAUAUUAAUAUUAGCGGCGAGUUUUUCCGAAAUAAAUGUAGAGAGCAAAUUUUAAGUCAAAUCACUAAUUUUUUUAUAGUAAAAAUGCAUGCUUAUCUUCACAAACGAACACGUUUUAAUCCUGCCCGUGGUCCUUUUCACUUUAGAGCACCUUCACGUGUUAUGUAUAAAGCUAUUCGGGGAAUGAUUCCUCAUAAAACAGCUCGGGGGGCUGCUGCUUUAGAGCGGCUUAAAGUUUUUGAAGGAAUUCCGCCUCCAUAUGAUAAACAAAAAAGACUAGUUGUACCAUCUGCUCUUCGAGCUUUAAGACUUAAGCCUGGACGCAAAUUUUGUACUAUUGGGAGAUUGUCUAAGGAAAUUGGCUGGAAAUAUGAAAAUAUUAUAUCCGAACUUGAAAACAAACGCAAAACCAGAUCACAUGCUUAUUAUGUUACUAAGAUUACUAAAGAGAAAAGCCUUUUAGAAGCAAAAAAGAAUGCACCUACAAGCAAAGUCCUAGAAAAAUUCGGCUACUGA